UGCAGUGAUUAUUGGUGAUUGAAAUGUUAGAUGGUAUUGUGUAUCUAAGGGAGAAAAUUCAAAGAAUUCCCUUGUGGGUCGUGUUUGAGGAUACCAGGAGUGCUUUUAGUAAAGAUGAGUUGAAUAUGGAAAUAGCGCAGAUUGCAGUCCCUGCAGCUCUAGCUUUAAUGGCAGACCCCAUUGCUUCUUUGAUAGACACAGCCUUCAUUGGGCAUUUAGGGUCUGUGGAGCUUGCUGCUGUUGGGGUCGCUAUAGCUAUUUUCAAUCAAGCUUCAAAGAUUGCUAUAUUCCCACUUGUGAGUGUCACGACUUCUUUUGUAGCUGAAGAAGAUAGUUCUACAAGUUCAGCACUCAAUGACAUCGAGUUGGAAGAGGGAUCAUCUUCAAAUAUUGAGAAAGUUUUGUUGCUUCCAAAACCUCAUACUAUGAACAAGAUGUUGACUAAUAUGGACCAAGUGCACCAUAAGAGAAGGCAUAUCUCAUCAGCUUCAUCGGCGUUGUUGAUAGGUGCCACGCUUGGUCUCAUCCAAGCUUUUUUGCUCAUCGUCUCUGCAAAACCAUUAUUAAUUUAUAUGGGUAUAAAUUCUGAUUCUCCGAUGCUAAGCCCUGCGUACAAAUAUUUAACGCUAAGAUCUCUCGGUGCACCGGCUGUUCUUCUGUCUUUGGCCAUGCAGGGUAUUUAUAGAGGUUUUAGGGACACCAGAACACCAUUGUAUGCAAUUGUGGUAGGAGACGUAGUAAAUAUCAUCUUGGACCCGAUAUUGAUAUUUGUAUUCAAGAUGAGGGUUACAGGUGCUGCCAUUGCUCAUGUUUUCUCUCAGUACUUGAUCGCAGUGAUACUCUUAUGGAAAUUGAUAGAACAAGUUAACCUUUUACCUCCGAAUAUUAAGGAUUUACAACUUGGUCGGUUCUUGAGAAAUGGUUUUCUUUUAUUAGUGAGAGUAAUUUCUGCGACGUUUUGUGUGACCUUGGCAGCAUCUUUGUCAGCCAGGCUUGGAGCAACCGAAAUGGCUGCCUUUCAGGUCUGCUUGCAAGUUUGGUUGGCAGCCUCUUUGCUCACCGAUGGUUUGGCUGUGGCCUGCCAGGCAAUUCUUGCAGGAGCGUUUGCAAGACAAGAUUUCGAAAGAGCCAAAGCAACAGCUGGUCGUGUACUUCAAUUAGGUUUGGCUUUGGGACUCAUUCUCUCAUUCAUUGUUGGCAUUGGAUUAAGUUUUUCAUCAGGAUUGUUCACGGUAGACGACAAAGUUCUGCAAGUGUUGAGUUUAGGCAUCCCGUUUGUUGCAGCAACCCAACCCAUAAAUUCUUUGGCAUUUGUUGUUGACGGGAUUCACUAUGGAGCAUCUGAUUUUCGCUACUCUACCUUCUCAAUGGUUUUAAUAGUGUUAGCAAGUGUGGUGUGUUUAUUGCUCUUAUCAUCACAUUUCGGGUUUGUGGGCAUAUGGGUUGCGUUAUCGAUCUUCAUGAGUUUACGAGCAAUGGCAGGUGUUUGGAGAAUUGGAACCGCAAGUGGACCAUGGAGUUUUCUCGACAAAUAUUAGGCUCUGGAUGUCACGGUCUCCUCUUUUGUGCUCAUUAUUUACCCUGAAGUUGCAUCACUAGCCAAGUUAAUUACUUAAGUGUACAAUUUUUAUGUUCACAACUUCAAGCUAUUCUGUGUAAAGAUCUAACCAUUAGUGCAUCCUCAGCCACAUGGAAAGAGAAGUUGUAAUACACUUGGAUAUUUAAAGGAAGAUGAUAUGUGAAAACAACACUACUUUGUGAUAUACAACAAUCUUAUGUUUCACACAUGCACUAUGUUAGAUGUAUACAACAAUAUAUCGUUAAAUUGUUAUAUUUCUGGGAACAAAAAUCAUGUUUCUAUUACAUAGAUUUUGAAUGGCAACUAUUAUAUCAGGUUGUAUGUAUAGUUCUUGUAGUUUAACAAGUAAAUUCUGGUUGCAUUUUGUGAUCAAUGGCAGACUUGAUUGGUUAUCUGUUU